AUGGCUCUGCCACAAUCUCAAUGCUGUAGAGCCAUCAACCGCCGACUUCGAUCGCCAUGUGACAGUGCUUGGAUACCGGAGAGCGCCCUCGCCAGUGCCUUCGAGCAGUUUUGUUCCAUCUCCAGGGUCACCAGUCGUCGCAAUGGCUCAAACGUGCCGGGUCCCUUGGAGAAUCGGAGGCGGUUGGGCAGGAGAAAUAUGGGUGAAUUGAAUCUCGGGCACAUGAAUACCCCGGCACCGUUCUGGGACAUCGCAAACACGGUCGACUUGACCCAGUGGAGAUGGACAGCUCCGAGCGCAUUUGAGAACAGGCACCCACAACAUGAAGGACCAGAAUUCCGGCCAUUUCUCGCCUCGUUACAGGACUGGCUGGCAGAAUCGUCGGCUCCUCAAAGCUCUCUCUCUCUAGGUGUAGGCUCAAGGGAACUCUGGGAUACUUGGGAAUCAGAUCGUGUGGCAAUGGAGGCUGUCGCGCCUGCCAGCUCCUCCGUACGCACCGUAGAGCGUGUCGAUACGCCACUGCGACAGAUGCCGUCCCAUGCAUCGAAUGACAUUUUCGAAAGUUUUGAAGCGCUCACGCGAGAAUGUAUUGAGACGUUUCAGUCGACUCUAUCCGAUAGGGGGCGCGCAAGUAAAGGCAAGAGUGCAGAACUGCAGAAUUUCUGUGACAGGCUUGCCAUGGCCAUUGCUGAACAGCACAUCUCCCGUGAAGUUCUUCACCGGUUUUUGGCGUGUGUCAUGCAGGAAGCACAUCUGUGGGCUGUGUCAAGCAGCCUCACUCUGUCGGAUAAACAGAUCAGCAGCCUAUUGCUUCAAAUAUACACAGCAGUCCAUGGUGGACUGACUACGGCCCGUAAGGUGCGCAUUGGGUCUUUCGACGACUACCAUAGGGUGUAUGCUAUCCUCUUGGACAGAGCCGCGUGCCUUGAGAUCAACAGCCUGCGUUUAUUCCAGCAGAUCAUGGCUAGUAUCCCUACCGAUGGCCUCUGGCGGUGCACGGCCGAAAUCGCUGCCAACAUCCACACUUUUCUUGCAGCAUUGAGCCGGCCUGUGGUCACGUCUCAUCGGGUUGUCGAGGGCAAAGAAAGGAACAAUUUAAUCCGCCAGGCCAAUAAGAUGGCAGGUAGCCUUCAACAUCUCAGCUCAGACAUGCCAGUUCACCUCAGCAUAUUAGACAGCGUGACAGACCGAUUGGCUAGUGAACGACUUGCUAGUCCCAACGGACAUGAAGCACUAGACGUCGAUUUGAAGCGCUUCUGCUGGCUGCACUUGCUUGCCCGACUACCUCAACUAAGCACCGAAUAUCUAGCCACAGCAUGCAAUUUGCUAGACACCAGUCAAUCUGCUGUUCCGCUCACACAACGACAGAUAUGUGAAUUCUUUCUGGCACGGAUCAACAGUCGGUACUCUGUCAAAGACAUCAAGGUGAUUUAUGAUACACUGAAUGCCUCCUCGGACACUGCGUGCUAUGCUAGCGUGAGUAGCAAGCUGUGGACAACAGGUCAACAUCGCUAUGUCAAAAUUCUUGCCGACUUCCUCCGGCAUCUUGGCCGGCAACAGGACAUCAAACACGUCGUUUCUGGACUCAGAAACCAUGUCAACAAUGACUCAAAGCCACUGGCAAACCUCGCAAUUGGCCUCGGACACCCACAACUAGCGUUGUGGGUAUAUAUUCGCUAUCAUCAAAGCCGAUGGAAAUCGAAAACAUUCUGGAGUACGGCCUUUGCUCAAGAAACUCUGCACCAGCUGAUGGACUUCAAAGAAAUGAAAUCGGAAAAAAUUCUGGAUGCACUCAGGAUUUAUCCUGUGAAACGCACCAAACGGAAGUCACAGCAAUCAAUGCUCACGCAGAAUCGUAUUCGUAUGACAGAGAAGGCAGCCAUUUCGUUGGCACGCACGCGCCACAUUUCCGAAACAACAGCUCUUGCGCGUAUCACCCGUUGUAUAACAUUUCUUCAGAGCCAUAAUACGCCAGUCUCGCCACAAGUUCUUCGUGCUCUCUUCCAAAUCGUCACUAGAGAUCUUGCGGCCGGAAAGCCGGGGCGUACAACUCGAUUGAGAUGGUUCCUUAGCUUGCUGCUCAAGGAGACUGACACUAGUAACGUCGUGGAGGUUGGACAGGCUCUGGAAAGAUGGAGGCGCCAACUAUACCCCGAUAAGAGCAGGUGA